GUCUGUUUACAAACCCGACGCAGGGAUCUCGUUCUAGAAGUUACGCAGUGCAUUUUUUUUUACAAGAUUUGAACUUAAAAACCAGUCCAUCAAUGAAACUGUAAAAGGCAUUUUUUGUGUCUGCAGGAGUGAAGAAACAUGUCCAACAUCCACGUGGGUCUGCCAUACCCCGGGGGUGUAGUGGAUCACUCAAGUAAUCUGGCUCAUGACAUUGGUGCUCUGUACCUCAACGAUGAGUACAGUGAUGUAACACUGCAAGUUAAUGGACAGACUUUUCAUGCACACAAGGUCAUAUUGGCAGCUCGCAGCCAGUACUUUAGAGCUCUCCUGUUUGGUGGUCUUCGUGAAUCUCAUCAGACUGAAGUAGAGAUCAAAGACACAAAUUUAACAGCUUUUAAAGUCUUGCUAAAGUACAUAUACACUGGUUGGGUUAGCCUCAACUCAGAGAAGGAAGAAACUGUCUUAGAUAUCCUAGGCUUGGCUCACCAGUAUGGCUUCGAGGAUUUGGAAUCCGCCAUCUGUGACUACUUAAAAGACACACUUUGCAUUCUCAAUAUUUGUGUGAUAUAUGACAUGGCUUCCCUUUACAAUCUCUCAAAUCUGAAGGCUGUGUGUGAAGAUUUCAUGGACAAAAAUGCACUAUCCAUUCUCAACCAUGAGUCUUUCUAUUCCCUUUCACCAACUGCUUUAAAGGCAAUUAUAAGCCGUGAUUCCUUCUGUGCUCUUGAAGUCCACAUUUUUCAAGGGGUUCAUGAGUGGGUGGAGCGGAACUCGGAUCUCUCACAGGAACAAAUACAAGACAUUCUCUCUCAAAUUCGUCUACCUCUCAUUAGUCUCACAGAUCUUCUGAAUGUGGUCAGACCAACAUCACUGAUUUCACCAGACCAAAUAUUGGAUGCAAUAAAAGCAAAAAAUGAAUCCAGAGACAUGGAUCUUCAGUAUCGUGGCUAUCUUAUGCCAGGGGAAAAUGUAGCAGUACCAAGCAAAGGUGCUCAAGUACUCCAGGGGGAAAUGCGUGCAAAUCUAUUGGACGGCAACGUGUCUACAUAUGACUUGGACCGAGGUUUUACGAGACAUCCCAUUGAUGAUAAUAAUGGUCAGGGUAUUCUAAUUAAACUUGGAAUGCAGUGUAUUAUCAACCACAUGCGAAUGAUGCUCUGGGAUAAAGACCAAAGAGGGUAUUCAUACUACAUAGAAGUGUCAAUGGACCAGAAGGACUGGGUUCGUGUGAUUGAUCACACCCGCUACCACUGCCGGUCUUGGCAGUAUCUCUACUUCCCCGCAAGGGUAGUUCGAUAUAUAAGAAUUGUAGGCACCAACAACACUGUUAAUCGUGUUUUCCACGUUGUCGCCUUUGAGGCCUAUUAUUCCAAACAAGAAGUUAAGCUACACAAGGGAUUGAUUAUCCCUACCGAAAACGUUGCACUCGUUACCAAGAGUGCUUUAGUGAUAGAAGGAGUAAGCCGUGCACGUAAUAACCUCCUGAAUGGAGACAUUCACCAUUAUGACUGGGAUUCUGGCUACACCUGUCAUCAGCUGGGAUCAGGGUCCAUAUGUGUCCAGCUUGGCCAGCCGUAUUGGCUUUCAUCAUGCAAAUUGUUGCUUUGGGAUUGUGAUGACCGUUCCUACAGCUAUUAUAUUGAAGCUUCUGUUAACAUGAGAGACUGGGAGCUGAUUGUUGACAAGACCCGGGAAGCCUGCCGGUCGUGGCAGACUCUGACUUUUCCUCCAAGAGCUGUGGUUUACUUCAAAAUUGUUGGGACUUUUAACACAGCCAAUGAGGUGUUCCACUGUGUGCACUUUGAGACCCCUGCUCAAGUUGGAUCUGAGAACCGUCCUAGAAUAAGAGGAGUUGACCAUGCAGUCGCUCCAAUUAGACCACAUCAUGGAGAGGAAUCUGGAGGUGAUGCAGCUGCACCAGAUGGACACAACAUGGGAAUGGAGCGUGCAGGUAGUAUAAAUGCGCCAGAAGGGGCAGGUGAAGGAUUAGGUGCAGGUCGUGUUAGGGAAAGAUCUGCCUCUAGUUCAAGAGCAGAACCAGUGGAGGGAUCAUUAGAUCAGGUGGAGGAAAAUGGCUUGAAUGCUGAAGGAGCAGGAGGUCUUGAUGUGGCAAACCCAGUUGAAGCUCACCAAGAUGAGGGGACAGACGAUGAAGAUAAAUAGUCAUCAAUAUUUCGUAUAGCUUUUAGUUGUGGCUUGCAAAUAUCCUUGAAUCUUGAAAAUCUUCAGAAGAGAAUAUUCACUUGGAAUAGUUAAUUGUGAAUUAAUGAAGAUGACGAAACUGAAAAAAAAAAUUGUUUUCCUCAUUGCAGUCCAGUUAAGCCAACCCCAACACGGGGUUAGGCUCCUGAAAAAGCUCAUAUGUGGUAAAUCUACAUAUUUAUGAAAUACAAGGUGCAAUUUUCAUGUAAUUUAGUUUUCUGGUAAUACCCAUGUGUGUUGCAUAUCUUUUUUCCUUACUGCAUCAUACUAACACAUCAUGUAUAGUUAAUCAUGCUUCAACUUAAGUCGCUGCAUGCCAGUGUCAGAGAAGCCAUACCACUCUUCCAUAGCCAAGUUGAUCGGUGGUUCAUAAACAAAGUUCAUCUAUCCACAUUAUGUGGUCAAAAUUUAUUGAUAGGCAAAUUCUUUUAUGUAAUGUUAAGAAUAGUGUAUAUGAAAUAUAAAUUAUUUUAAAGCAGCAGGACUUUCGAGAAGCAGUUGAAAAUGUUAAACAAGUAUCUCACAUGGCUAACUAAAACAGCAUUGUUUCCAAGUGAAAUCUGUUCAGCAUUUACUUGUUCUGUACCAAAUAUAAACUAAACAUAACAAUUAAUACUAAUACAAACCAUAGUUUACUGCAUAUUGUACUUUAUCUUAAACUUUAUUUGUUUCUAUUUACUUUAUAUAUGUUACAAAAUCGUGAAAAAGUGAAUAGGAAUAAUAUCCUUGACUUAUAAGUGCAGAUAAAGUAAAGUUAUUUAAAUUUUAGGUUUUGACUUUUAACAUUAUUAUACAGAAUGAACACGGCUGAUAAUAAAUGGGUAACUAUAUAAAUACUGUAUGUGAAACAAUCAGCAUCUUAACUUUACCAGUUGGGAAUGGCUUCUCCGUCAUUCUAGCAUACAGUGAGUAUUCUAAUUCUACAUCAUAGAAAUGAAAAUUUAUUUGGAAAUGGCAAACCAACCUUUGCAUGCUUGAAAAUUAGCAUUCCUACCCUCUCCUCAUCAAGCAGGUGUGUAGAUGUCACUACAGCUCUCAGAACUAUUGACAACAGAUCAUGUCUUGUUUGUUUACCCGUCACCUCAGAAAAAUUGAAGGGCUUUUUAAAAUUUUACUAUAUUCCUUUUUGAGAUAAUGCGCAGUACGUAAGACACAAUAAUAUAGUUUUUCUUUGGUGGUUAUUUGUGAGAAUGUUCUAUCAUUCUUUAGUAAAUAUUUUUUCCCACUCAUUUUUUAAAUAGCUUUAUUUUAUACAACUGUAUAGCUGGCAUACAACAAGUACAAAAAAUGUGAGAGUAGGGAGACAAGACUUGGUUGUGAAACCAAUUUGUAGCCUAUGAUGAACUCUUCACUGGUCACAGACAAAACAUUGGUUCUCAUGAUAGUUUACACAUACAAAUUCAUACACAAACAACUAAAUGUACACUGGCAAGUAAACAAAUAUAAAUAAACAAGUAAAGAUACAUACAUAUGCAUACACAGACACACACAGACACGCACACAUGCACACAGAC